CUUGCGACUUGUUUACGCGUUUGCAACCCUGGCAACCCAACCCUGACAUUUGUGCCCUUUUUCGCCAGCCUUGAGACUCAAAACCCUGGCACGGGUUGAAAGCCCUGAGCCUCUGCGGUUAGCUGCGAGCCUUGUGACUUUCUGUCUUCCGCCUUAAAACCUUGGGAGCCCUCGCCUUUGUUUCCGCCCCCUUGGGGUUCCCCUUGAAGAUGAAGAUUCGCCUUAAAACCCUGACCACGGACCCCGAUUUUUGUCGAUCAUUAAUAGAGAGGUGAUACAUUGCCGUCAAUAGAAGGCACACACAUACAUAGGUUUGUGCAUAAGUAGUGGUAGUUCUGCAGCUUCUAGGUUGUUAAGGUCGUCUGAAAUCUAGUUUCAAAGGUAGUUGGCUGCUGGCGUGCCAACGUGCCAGUGGCAAUGGAAAGUAUGUCCAUAAUGGGAACUGGCUUCCUCGAUGCCAGUUCGAAAAGGCUCAUUAAUCGAGUCAGCAGCCAUUCGGAAGUACGAACAGAAUGAGAGGCGCCGACGACGACGAGGACGACGCUAAACGAGGUAGCAGAACGCCGUGGAGGGCGAUGGAGGGUAAUUAUCGUUGGGGAGGAAGCUCUGGAUCAAGGGCCUUCUCACCGCGGCGGCGUGCAGAUACCAGAGAGGUUGGGACAGAACAACUUGCGAGGAAUGCAACACACGCGAUGCGUCGACUUUGUGAUUGUGUGCAAGCCGUUGAGUCCACUGCAGCAGGCGCGCAUGAAAAGAACGACAAUGACAAAGAGCAGCGGAAGCGACGUCGGAAAUGGAGCAGAAAACUCUACAGCUUCUGUUCCUUGGCAGUACUGCAGCGUCUAUUCUUUUGCAUCGUUUCGGUUCCAUUGCUGCUGAUUUUUGUGAAUGAGCUCUUGUGGGUCUUCCCGCCAGAGCGUGGGCCUGAGGACGACCACUGGUGGGUGGAUAAUCGAGGAGAGCAAAAAAGACUAGCGACUGGAGGAGUAAAGCGCGACUUGGUUACGUCGCAGUCUAUUUUUGUGGCAGCGCAGUUUCAUGUGUACGACCUGCAUUGCCACGAGGAGGUCGGAGUGAAUUACGACGACAAUUUUCGGCAUUUUGCAGAUGCCGUGACGAAGAGCGGCAAGAUUUCGGACGAAAAUUGGGCCACCCUGAAUCAGGUGGUGGAUCCGAGCUCCUUCACCGAGGGCUGCCACUCCGCUGUAACAUCACCCUGGGAAUGCUGCGGCCUCUGUGGGCAGUACUGGCCUUUGUGUGAAAGUUGGGUGUGGGUGCGGCAGAGUAUUGGCAGUAAUUUUCCAGAGGAAAAUGUCUGCUGUCUGAAAACGAAGUUUAGACCUAACCCUCGUACAACAGAUGCGGACACUGGACAAAUUUUCUUCUUCAUCACUAGCGGAUACUUUAACCAGCGAUGCAUGAUUACGGGUGACUGCAAGAUACGAACCUACACGAGAAAUGCUGUCUCCGGGCACACCUUCACACAGAACGAUCGAUACCUGAUUAUCAACUACGCUGACGAGUGCGGAAGUCCCAACGUUACCUACACGGGACCAGCGGGAACUGACAUUCUCGGGAACCCGAUUUCGUUGACGAGCAAUAUUGUUCCUGGGGUUACGGUGCCGAGCUGGGGAGCAAGUACUUAAAUCGCCUAAGUAUCUGUUUACUUGAUGAGAGAAAACGAUUUUACUUCCUAGGUAGUUGUUCUUGUUCAGCCGUGGGUACUUCUUCCAAAACAAGUGCAUCAUCUACUUUUCGAUUUUUCUUUUUUGUCAUCUCAAUCUUUCAAAACACACGCUCGAACUCGUAAAGACAUGCCCAAUUACGGAUCGAACGCGACUGCAGCAACGGGAUCUUUCUCGUACACUUACACUGGAGCUGGUAUCAGGGUGUUCACUCUGGAAGAGCAGGAAGUGGAUUUUGGCACUAGGUCUGUCGGAGAGGUAGCAGAAUACAAGAUUUGCUAUUCCACAAACGGCGGCGCGACAUUUAAAGACUACAGGGUGACGAUGGGUACCUUUACGAUGAGCGGUCCUUUUCCAGCAGAGGAGCACUUUGUGUGUACUUUGGGUGUGGAAUGCUACAUCUACGUGAGUGGAUUUCAGCAGGAUGUGAACAUGAAACUAGCCAAGCCUGCGACAGAUACCGCGCUGCCGCUCACGGUGGAUUCGCAACCGCGGAGUUACGUACUCACGACCGUGUCCAACUCGCCAUGUGGAGAAGCGAGUCCAACACUGGUGAACUGGGGCAACGGAUUCAAUCCGCGUAUUCAAGAGGAUUCCGCAGUGCUGGUGCAGAACGUAUUCGCGGAUUGGCGUUUGUCACAGCGUGUGGGCGUGUUGCGGGGUAUGCUUUCGGGUCCCACGGGUGUAAAUUACACAAUCUGUUACGCCGCAGACCCGGAACAGAUGGGCGGCAUCAACAUAUACAGCAAUUAUAUUCUUCGACUAGGUAGUUUCUUCAUGAACGGACCGAACCAGAAUCCACCGUAUCAGUGCAUCCUGUCGCUGCCGUGCACGAUCCCCGUGAACGGUGCGGGGUUGCUGCCGUCGAACGGUAUUCUGCUGCAUAGAUCAGACGCUGCUAACCCGUGCGGUGACACGCUGAGUGCGAAAGCUCUUUUAGGUGAUCAGGCUGUAAACCCAGUUCCGUCGGAAUGGAUCAAUGAUACGCAAACCUAUUUCCAUUUCGGGGUGCCGACGCAGGCGCACAAUUCUGAUGAGCCAGGUGAGUUCUACAAGCUUUGCUGGGGCGGCUUUCCACCCGAAACGCCGCCAACGUGCAGCACUUUCAACUGCCUGCAGCACUACAACAUUUUGUUGGGACUCCUUGUCAUAGUGGGACCAGAGCGCGAGAACAACGUAUGCUACAUGACUUUCAUGUGUCAGAUCGACCUCAGGGGCCAUCUGAUUCCGAGACAGAGUAACAUUGCGGUCAUUGGGCCAACAGAGACAUGCAGCCAAGAGAGUGCGGGUUUAGACGUGACCGGUGGCAUCGGAAGCGCAUUACCAUGGCAGAACCCAGGAUACGGAAUCGAAAACUACGUCGACGGGGGCAACGAGCUCUACAAGCUCGGGAUUGCGUCUUUCGGGACUGUGCGAGACGAGUACCACUAUUUUUUGAACGUGAUUUGUUGAGAAGGAGGAAUGCACUUUUGAACUUCUUCAACUUGCCAUUUCUUAUAAAUAUAUGCGCCCCCCUAGCGUAGGGGGGGGUACCGGUAGCCCCGGACCCCUUUUGGAGGCGUCUGCCGGGGGUGGAAGGCCUCAAAAGGGGGCCAAGUGACCUCCUCCGCUCCCUUCCAGGUGCUUGGCUGUCACCUAGAGGCCUCCGACGUAGGCGGAAGGCCUCAAGAGGGGCCCAAGUGGCCUCCUCCGCUCCCUUCCAGCUGCCUGGCUGUUCCUUACAGGCCUCCGAUGUAGGUGGAAGGCCUCAAGAGGGGCCCAAGUGGCCUCCUCUGCUCCCUUCCAGCUGCCUCGCUGUUCUUUACAGGCCUCCAAUGUAGGUGGGAGGCCUCAAGAGGGGCCCAAGUGGCCUCCUCUGCUCCCUUCCAGCUGCCUCGCUGUUCUUUACAGGCCUCCGAUGUAGGUGGGAGGCUUCAAAAGGGGCCCAACCAAGGGACCGCCUGCGCCCCCUUCCAGGUGCGUGCCUGUGCCUUAAGUGCCUCCGAUAUGCUUCGCCGCCGCAGCAGUUUGCCGGUUUUUGGAGGCCUCUGAAGGCGGCAAAAGGCGAGGGGCUGGACCCCUUGAGCCGUUCGGCUUGUUCCCUCCGGGCCCUUGGUCAUUGGCUUGCUGGCUCUUGCGACCGUGGCCGCCUUCGGCGGCCUUUUACCCUGGAGGCCUCCCGCCUGCGAGGGUCAGCAGAGGCCAGGAGGCCCUUGCGGAACACGCUGAGAGGCGCAAGGGACCGCCUGCGCCAAGUUUUGACGCCUUCCACCACUAGAAUCCGCGAAAAUCAGCGCGGAAGAGCGCGCGCGCGCGCCACCACAGACCACACCACAGGGGGUUGGUGCCGUGCAGCCCUAAGACAUACAUAUGAACACAACUCAAAGCGUAGACGUAAUAUGAGACAACACAUUCUCUCACUGAUAGACUGAGCUGCUCUCUGUGAUCACACCGAUGUUGAUGAUCUAUCCAACAUCAGCUAUCAACUCUGCUACUCUGCUGGUAACGAAACCAAUACGACUUUCUAUCGGAUGAGGCUGGGUCGAUUUGAGAUGCGUGGACCGGUUGUGCAUCCCUAUGGAUCCUUCUUCUGCACCCUGGGCGAAGAUUGUCAGCUCGUCUUUCUUACCACCAGCGUGGGUCUGCAGGAUAGCAACUAUGCUCUGGUAUUGAUAGAUUACGACGAGCUUUGGGUGAACGCACACGACAUGUGCUUUUUUCGUUUUUUAAACAAGUUGAAGUUGUUAAAAAUGGUUGACAGACUGAUGUAAGGACUAAGACUAACAUUUACACAACCGAAACUUCUCAGCUGCUGGCGGUCAACGAAACAUGUGGUUUCAGCACCACGCGGGCGCCGCUGUUUGGCAUUACCAACAAUGAAUGGCGAAAUCCUCGGCAGACACAAGGAACUUCACCGGCAAGGUAAUAGUUCGUGGAAAUCAGAGACUUUGUUGAUUUUGCGAUGUCACUGUUUAGUUGCUGCAUGAUUGGUUAUAACAGCAGGAUCUUCAUCGUAGACCUAGAGCAGCCUCUUCUUGAGUUAAGUUUGGUUCAAUUAGUGGUUCACAUCAUCACCCUAAGAAUCUCCGAGCAGGUACAACUUCGGUACUGUUCGAAACGGGGAGCCUGCGACGCACUAUCCCGUUUGUUGGUCUCACGAACCGACUGCCGAUGGCGCCGUGUAUGAGGAGUUUCGGUUUCAUGUAGGCCACCUGCGGAUGAAGGGCCCCAGUCCACAAACCUCACCGUGCACCAUGGGCUUGCCUUGCGAGAUUCGGCUCACGGGCGUUGAUUUAGAGGAUGACAAUGUUAUUUUGCUCAUUGAGAGUGCGAGCACUUGUGGUGACGUUGUUCCGCAGCAACCGGCGUACAGCAACAUGGUGGAGACGAAGCAGACAACCUCGGGGUCCAACGGAGCCUUGUACGAAUUCGGGACGCCAAAAACGGGACCGCCAGGAACAUUCAAAGUUUGCUGGAGCGUUGGACGGAUCAACGGAGGCACGAUACCGAUACCGCAAAACUUCAAGCAAUACUACAAGCUGACCAUCGGGGACUUUGUCAUGAGCGGGCCAAAUAACCCAGUCGCGUCGGCAUGCGAGCUGUCGAUGGACUGUACAGUCACACUCUUUGGUCACGGACUCCAGCAGACGAACAGCAUCAUGAUCAUCAACUAUAGGGUACUACUUGCCACAUGUCUACUAGGUAAUACGUUCUUACUGUUGACCGCGACAAAAAUGGGUGUACUAGGAGAGUCCAAAUGCUUGACUGAAGUCCUUUAAUCGUUAUCGCCGGUAGUACGAAUACUCUUUUUCCAAUCUCGUCUACUUUUGACACACAACAGGACGCCUCGAACAACGACGUGAAUUGCGGCGACCCGCAGGCAACGCCAGUGGACUGGGAAGGGGUUACUUUGCCGACAUUCGUGAACAACGACGACGCGUACAACACGUAUUUUUUAGGUCCCAUCAAAAGCGGUAUCGCAGGUCAGUUUUACCGUGUUUGCUGGUCUCAUAGCGCGACGGUCAACACAACUAACAGAACACUCGCGCAGAUGGGGGACUACAAUGUGCAGGUGGGGAUGUUCACACUGGUUGGUGCGAACUACGAGACGCUCGUUGCGUGCACGCUCGGCGAGGUGUGUCAGGUCGCAAUCACAGGUGUGGGCUUGGCCAGUAACCAGGAGGCGGCGAUUAUUGAGCAGGGCACAGAGUGCGGGGAUCCCCUGGCCAGGCUGGCGGUGUUUUCGAAUCUCCCUAAUCCCGUUGUGACUGAUCAAGACGGAAACUUCAACCGCUUCUCGUUUCAAACACCUCUGCUGGGAAUCCCAGGCAUGUAUCGGUUAUGCUUCUCAUUCGACCCGCCGCCAAGUACGGACCCUGCGUAUUUGCAGGCGUUCAAGUUUCAGAUCGCGCCAUUUAAGAUGGUAGGGCCGGUGCAAACCCCAAAAGAGUGUUAUCUCUCGAUGGCCUGCAAUAUUCCUCUCACGGGUACAGAUCUCGCAGCGACUAACGCCUUGCUCAUCAUAGAUCGCGGUAGCAACUGCGGGGAUACUGCGCCAACUUUGCACUAUCUAACAGGGCAGAGCAAUCCGACUGCAACAUCGCUCACUGGUAGUGAGAACACAGGAGACUCGUACCAGACUGGAGUGCCGUAUCAGGGAAGACCCGGGAUCAAUGGGAAAGUCUGUUGGGCACAUAACCCGUCAAGUCUGACCACGUAUUCUCAGUACAAAGUGACGAUAGGGUUCUUCACCGUGUUUGGCCCGAAACAAAAGAUUUUCCGCUGUGAGACGCCUUCAGUGUCUGUGGCCCUGAUUCUGGGGAUCCCGCGGGUGCUGUGCACGCUCGAAACCAAUGAGCAGGUGACAAUGGAGCAGGACCAGAACGACGGCGGCAUCUACAAGGUUCUCAGCGGGCCCUACAUGGGUUGGUUCCUGUACGAAACUAGUGUGACCAGCCACAAGGGAACUCUGUUCACGGAAAACCCAGCUAGAGUUCCGGACGUUCCCAGUGCAGCUUGGUAUGAAGUGCGUGGUCCGACCGUGGCGUGCACGUUGGGCCAGGCUUGCACCAUUCUGCUAGAAGGCUUUGGCCUGGCGGCGUCUAACGAGGUGUAUAUCAUCACGAGUUCAAAGACUUGCGGACACGUAGACGCAGUGCCCGGCGCGAUGAUAGGUUUGACGAAUCCCCGCAGAGUGUCAGACGACGAUUUCGACAACCAGUACCGCAUGGGCAUUGUCACAGUAGGUGGCAGCUACGUGGCAUGCCGCGUGGACGACCCAAGCAACAGCUGUAUCGGCAACCACUACAAAUUGUGUUGGAGCCACAGCCCGAGUGGAACAACCAGUUUCGUUACACAAGUAGGCGUCUUCGAGAUGAUGGGCCCAUUUGUCGACUUCAGUGCUGACUGCACGAUUGGCCGCUUCUGCACUGUUAACGUCUAUGGAACAGGUUUUGCCAACAGCAACCGUGUUUUGUUGAUCAAAGGCACCUCGGAAUGUGGCAUGGAGGAACCGGAAGUGGCAACUUUUGCAGGUUUCAUUAACCCCCAGCAAGCAGAGGCGAGUAUCGACGGAAAGGAGGCCAAAUACGUCUUCGGAAUAUCGACGAGCGGUAAAAAAUCAAAAUAUUCUAUCAGUAGAUAUAAAGUAGUUUUAAGGUUCGGAGUAGAUAUAAAGUAAGUAGGGCCCUCCUCUCUGGUUGAGGGUUUAUUUUUUGGUGAACCGGUACCCCAUAGCGAAUAAAGCUGUGCACGCAACCAGAGGGCUGAGCACUUACCGGAGGCGUUGCACAGGGCUCCGGCCUGCCUUCGAAGGUGAGACCUAUGGGGCUGACAGGACGACGCUAGUUCCGGCGCUUAAAUAGUUUCAGCAGAUAGGAGGACACUUGGCGACAAUUGCCCACUUUGCUUGUCUAUCUUCCUCUGAUCUUUCUUUUUUCUAGUUAGGUCGGCUCCGCCACAAUUAUUAUUGAUGGCUCGGGUAGUAAGUGCGUGCCUGGGGAUCGUGGGAGUUCUCUGGCGGUACUUCCCAUCCAUCGGAGGCGUCGCCUCCCGGCGUCAAAUCUUCCUACCUCAGUGCGUAGGCCUCAUGCCUCUUGUUUUUGUAAAUCAUUCGGCUCCCUUUUUAGCAUAGAAAACGACCGCGGCAACACAUUAAGGCCCAAACUGUUAAGGAGAGCGGUGCGCGAUACCGGGAGCCUCAGCAUCACAGUGCUAGAUAACUACGAGGUGAGCACGUGACGCCAUGCUGCGAGUAUGCAGCUACUAUACAUAGAUAAUGUAUUGGGAGCCGAUGGAGUUGGGGACCGCAGCGGCGUGCGUUGUUUGGACGUAGGGGCGCUGAGUGAAGUUAAGCGUAUAACCAUGGCCGUAGUUUGGUAGUAUCUGUCGGGUCGCGGCUUUCAUGAUAGGUUCCAGGCGUAGGCGAUGGCGUAAAGAAUCCGCGACAUACCUAUGGUUAUACAGGGCUGGCGCUAGUGUUGGCUUUUGGUAUUCUGCUGCGGCUUCCGUGCGAGGGUUUUAAGGUUCGCAGUAGAUAAAAAGUAGCUAGGGCCCUUCUCUCUGGUUGUGGGUUUAUUUGGUGAACCGGUAUCCUGCCAUACCCAUAGCGAAGAAACCUGCGCACACAACCAGAGAGCUGAGCACUCACCGGAGGCGUUGCACAGGGCUCCGGCUUGCCUUCGAAGGUGAGACCUUUGGGGCUGACAGGACGACGCUAGCGCCGGCGCUUACUUAGUUCUAGCAGAUAGGGGGAGACUUGGUGAUAAUUACCCUCCUUUCUUUUCUAUCUUCCUCCUAUCUUUCUUUUUUCUAGUUAGGUCGGCUCCACCACGAAUAUUCUUGAUGUUGAUUCAGUGAAAGGGGUGAAGAAUGUACCCGUAAUAUGAGACCCUUUUUCUAGUACCAGGUAAUAUCUUGGAGCACUGCAACGACCUACACCUAGGAUCCCAUUACUCCUCCUCAUAUAUCUUCGUUCCAGGGCUCAGGGCUGAAGGCCCCCCCGAUCUAGGGAGGCGAUGGCAGGGCCUCCAGCCCCGGACCCUUUUUUCCGAUAGACCGCCGGGUGGGAAGGCAUCCAAACGCCCACCUUCGCGCCCUCGCGGCUUCUUGCGUGUACCCUACAGAACCCAAACCCUUGAGGCCGUUCAAGCCCCGACGCCCGGGGGUGGAAGACUUCUGAAGGCGGCAAAGGUGGCAAGGCUUGGCCCCCUUGCCGUGUUGCAUGUCUCCGACAGACCUCCCCCCGGUGUGCGGGCUCUUCACUGGGGGAGCUUCCCGGGGGGUGGGAGGCCUCCGAGGGCAGCAGGUGGCAAGGCUUGACCCCCUUCGCCGUGCUGCGUGUGUCCGACAGAAACCAGCCGGGCACGCUUUGGGCCCGCCUCCUCCUCGCCAUUGGUAUGUUCCUCAACCCUCCCCGGGCGUUUGGUGGCGGCUGGGGCUGCCGCUGCCACCAAUUUUGGGGAUGAGGGCAACCCAGCAAAAGGGGCCAGGCCUCGCGAACGUGGCUGUCUUCGGCUGCCUUCUACCCCCGGAGGCCGUCCGCUUGAUAGGGUCCAGGUCCAAGAGUCGGGACGUCUGUGAGGUACACGCGGAGAGCCGUAAGGGCGCUCCGGCUCCGCUUUUUGAGGCCUUCGCCCCCGGGAAUCUUCACACCACCGCGGAAAAAAGGGCGCGCCGACGCCACCACACCUCCAUCCACAUGGGGGGAGGGGGAGCCUCCCUCCCUGGUACAUAUAUCAACUUUGUUCCUAUCUAUUAACAUCAAACUAGUAUCCAAGGUGAUGAGACCGAUUACAAGAUGUGUUGGGGUUACUCGCCACUGGAGUUGCAGCAACACAAUAUCGAAGUCGGGCCAUUUGCGUUCAAAGCACCACCUCCGGGAUGCUUUGUGCAAAACAAGUGGGACAUUGUGUGCUACAAGGAUAUUGCGACAGGCUAUCCCGGCAACGAGUUCAAAGAUGUCACGACCUAUUACGAAGACUGGAAGGGAGCUCCAGGAACCACUGCCUACACUGGCGUCACCUACAAGGGAGGCACUAGACCCGUAUAGGUAUAAUAGCAAUGCGUGUGAUCCAAUGAAUACUUUGUUUUAUGUACAGGUGCGUCUUGGGUACAAGUUUUCAUCAUUUUCUAGCUCUGACACUUGUAACUUUUUGUUUAUUUGGUGGAAGUUCUUGUCAUACUUUAACGCCCCGGAACAAAUGCCUAGAAGAAACUGUUAUCGUUUUUUCCUUCGUUUGCUCAUCGGCUUCUAGUUCUAGUCCCAUCUACUUCGAGUUUAGUCAUCGUUAUUCAUCGUAGACGCUUGUCAGACUGGCGGAAGCAGUUUGUUGGAAAUUGCUUUGCUGACAAGGACGUAUUUUUAUCUGUAGCACAGUCAAACUCAGAGGCUCUACAACCGAACCGAUACCAAUCUAUUCUACAAGCAUUUCAGAUAAGAAGAAAAGAUGAGAAGAUGAGAGAAGUGUUUUUCAAUGAUUCCUUUGAUUUUUUGCACCCACGAUGUGUAGCUGCUCAGACGAUGUUGAGAC